AUGGACGAUGAUGAUUUAGAAGUACUUGAUUGUGCUGAAACACCAGAACCGCCUGAACAAACAUCAAAUACCGCAAUAGACAUGGUAACACACUACCUACGCUAUAAAUAUUCUAUUGAUAGUUACCUGUUUGUCUGUAACAGUUUUUUUUUUCUGUUAGGGCAUGAGUCCUGGUAGUGCAGCAGGUAGUCGUAGACCAUCGUUAGACGGAAUGUCCAGCACAUGCACAUCCCAGUCUGAAAUACGCUCAUUCAAAGACCGGCUAAGAGAACAUGUUAAUCAAGUCAAGGUAAAUUCAGUUAUAAUUCUUUACCAUUAACGUAUAUAAUUACACUGUUAUUUUUAAAAAUUUUUUUUUUUCUUCAGGAACGAGCAUCAAACACAGUAGUUGUCGAACAAAACAAAAAUAAAGUUCAACAAAAUGUUAAACAGCCUGCGGAACGUCUUGCUCAGUUGGUAUGUUAGGCUAUUUUUCAUUUAAAAACAAAUUUGUUGUACAAUUUGAAUAGAUACUCCUUUAUAAACUUGUAUUUAAUUAUAAUUUAAACAUAGUUUGUUUAUAAUAACUCUGAUUUAAACUAGAGUAUAAAUUAAAGUUAUUAUUAAUUUAUUAUUGUUGUCUUGUUAGAAAAACAUUCUGUUGUGUCUAAAACAAUACAGUUUGAGUUAAGUUACAGCUGGACAAAUUAGAGCCUACAAACCUGCUUUUAUACAUUAACUAUUUAUAAUGUGUUAUUAUUUUUUAGUCAUUCGACUUAUGUUUUAUUUGAUCUGACAUUGAAUAAUAACGUCUGUUAACAAUUAUUUACAUUGUUAAUUUUCACUGAAGUAAAUUAAUAACUAAGUAGUUAUAUACCUUGGAAUAUCAUGUAUAUUAUGUAGUUAAGUGAAAUAUUAAAUUAUCAUAUAUCAUUUUAUGCAACCAACUAUUGGGAGGAUUGCAAAAAAAACUGUUUUUAUUUUUUUUUUAAAGAUUUUUUUUUUUUAAGGUUUUAAGUGACGAUAAUAAAUAAAAUUAUAUUUAAAUAUAAGUUGUUUGAAUAACAAAACUUGCAAAACAAAAUGUACCCAUUAUUAUAAUUAAUCUUAGCAAGUAAUUAACUGAUAAGUAUAAUUAAAUAUUUUAUAUAAAACCACAGAUAACAAAAAAUAUUUAAUUUAUGUACUUAGAACAAAUUAUUAAAUAUUGACACGUUACAUAACAAAUUAUUAUGUUAGGUAAGGGCCUAUUUCAGGAUCGAUUAUUAUAAUUGUUUAUUACAACAUUUUUAAAUUUUAUGGAAAAGGAGACAUAAUAUGUUUAAACCGAUUAUGAGAAAAAAAACAUUUUAAAAUGUUUAAACCACAAGUACUUGUUUUAUACAUCUAUAUAAAAAUACUUUGUAACCUUGAAUCAAUUGGGAUAAAUAAAUAACACUCAUAGUGCUAAUAGCUUAUUAAAAAUGAGCGGUGUAGAUGAGAUGAUACAAAACAAUAUUUUUCAAAACAAAAUUGAAUACAACAAUGUGCUAGUCACUGUUAUAUGUGGGAAGGUAGGAUAAUAAUAUGUAAUACAUAUUAUGUAGGAUAUUGGGAUAAUUUAGUUAAUAAACUGUGUGCAAGAUUGUGCUUUAUUUAAAAUUUAAAAAAAAAAUGAAUUAAAUAUUUCACUAUAAACUGUUAUAAAUCUAUUAUCCAAUUCAAAAUAGUCAAUACUCCAAUAAAUUCUGCGUAAUACAUACAAUUUAAUUUGAUAUGAUCAUUCGCUAUGAUAUUUUUAACUUAAUAAAAACAACAUAAUAAAAAUCAACAUGCUAAUUUUUUAAAAUUAUGUUUAAUUUUUAUUAAAUGUGUGUUUAAAUUAGUAUUGUAAUAUUUUCCUUUAUUUUCAGAUGAAUUCAGAAAAUGAUGUUGUUGCAGCUGCUCUAGAAAAACAUGAAAAAGAUAUGCAAAGUAAAAAUGUAGUCAUAAAUGAUGUCAAUAAGGUACAGUAGACAUGUGUUAUAAGAACAUUUUUAGUCUUGUUAUAUUAAUUAAAUGUAGUUGUAAUAAUUGUUUUACACUUUUUUAGUGUGUGCCCACGUGUAACAUCAAUAUUUGCACUGAUUUCAUUAAUGUACAUGGAUAGGCAAUAAUAAAAUAUUGAGAAACCUUUAUACUUUGUAAGUGUUUUAACUAAUUUUUAUAUCAGUUGAAAUAAAAUUAAUUAUUUAAAUUAUUAUAAUUGCCUUUAACUAUUACACUUGAAUUCUAUUGUUAGUUUUAUCCAAGUUAAGUUUCUUUCACGGGCCGUUUCAUCCUUAUCUAUCAACCAUAGUUCCUGCAAUACAGCACCUGCAUUUCCUCACCUGUCUUGGACAGGUGUACUUUACCAAGCAUGGGCUUAACUGAAUCACAUCAUGAACAUAUGCAUUCUCGUAUUAAGCUUUUGCAUCUGCUUUUUUUAUUUCUUUUAUACAAUUUAUUAAUUAAAAUCUUAGAUAAAUAUAUAUUUUUGUAAAUACUCAGGUUUAUUUCCCCCAUAAACUGUACAAGAAAGUAGGAUUAUUUUGUAAUAGUUUUUGAUUUUGUUUCAUUUAGUUUGAUCAUGAAAUUGAAAGUUUCAAUUUUUUCACUAAAGUGUGGGAUCCUCCUACAAGCCAAGGAAUUCAAGAGCAGUCAGCUGAAUCCAGUGGUAUAUUCCUAAAUAUUUUCCAUUUUAUUUUGUGAUCAUUUAUUAAAAUAGUAACACCAUUCAAAUAUUUUUCUAUAAUAAUUAUUAUGUACAUAUAUUUUUAGUUGAAGAAGUUGGCGUUUCUAAUGAAGAAAAUAAAAAGCUAGUUACAGAAGAUUAUUUAGGACUGACAGAUGGAGAAGACGUUGACAUUGUAGAUUAUUCUUUGGUACCGUUUUUGGAUACAUUUAUAAAAAUUAAGGAAGCGGCAAAACAAAUUUAUUUUGUUCCAGAUGGAUCCCAAGGUAUAUAGAUAUUAUGUAUGUUUUACAUAAUAUACAUUAUGUAUUAAUUAUUAUUUAUUGAUUAAUGUUAGUGGACCUUGCUAAACGAUUAAAUUCAAGACAGCCUCGCUAUUUGGAGAAAGAGGGGUUGUAUGUUGGUGCAUAUCCUCCAGUUUAUGAAAAAUGUCUAAACAAGCUUCAACAGAGACUUCUUAAAGCUAAUGAAUUGUAAGAAAUAUUUUAAAUAUUACAGAUUAUAUAAAUGCUUAAAAUAAUUUUUAAUAAUAAUCAUCAGUUCGUGUUUAGACAUCAUACAGUCCACAUGUAUGUUGUCUCGAUCCACUUUAUCAGCUCCCGAUAACAAAGUUGUCUUAAGCGCUAUUGCGGUAUGUAGUACCUAAACUGUACCACCGGGAUAUAACCUACCUAGGAAAAUGUGGGAAACUCUUAACUGUCUGAGAACACAAGUGGGAAGAACUAAAGAAAACCUAAAUAGGUGAGAAGUAACUGACAAUAUAAAUUGCGAGUGUGGAGAAAAAUAAAUAUCAAACCAUCUUAGUCGAGUAUACAUCAUUACUAAGUAGAUAUGAAAUGAAAGAUUUUAUUGAACUAACAAAAAUCACGGACAAAAUGAUAGGAAUCAUUGAUUUCUGGGAAAAGAAAAGAUUGUAACUUUAAAAAAAAAAAAUAAAACUGACCAACACAAGAAGAAGAAGACAGCUAAUUAAUAAUGACUACUAAUGCUGUCAAGGUUAUCUUUCCAUUUAAAUUAUCAAAUAAAAUACCAUACUAAAAACAAAAAAAGAAUAAAGUAAUUAAUAGUCAACCAAAUGAAUCUGAUGUGGAUGAUGUUAUCAAUUUUAAUUGGACUGAGGUCAUAUCUCCUAAAGCCUAAAAAUGUUUAAAUUUAUACAAAUUAAUCCAGUUAUCAAAAGUACACAAAAAUACAACAAACAUGUAAUUUUACACUCCUAAUAAAUUCACCAGUUUAUCAAAAAACAAAGACAUGGAAAUAUAAUUAAACGAAACCACUUCAAAAUUAUCUCCACCAUUUUUUAUUAAAACAGUUAUUAUUGUCAUUUGAAAAAAAGAACAUUGCCCCGGUACUUUCCUCGAUAUCGUGAAAGCCUUUGGUCGCAUCUGGCAUGAUGGGCUAUUGUUUAAAUUAAAAUCGUUUCUACCUGCCCCAUAUUUCUUCAUUCUAAAAUCAUUUCUUGAAGACUUUUUUCACGAUUAAAUACAACAACUCUUACUCUCUUUACCACAAAAUCAGAGCAGGAGUUCCACAAGGAGGUGACCUAUCACGGAUACUUUAUAAUAUCUACACAUAAGAUUCCUCCAAAACAAACCAUACAACUCUAGCAACAUAUGCUGAUGAUUCCGCCCAUACUGGCAUCAAAUAAACACCAAAACAUAGCUGCUUUCUAUAUACAAUACCAUCUGGAUCAAAAAAUAGAAAAUCAAGAUAAAUGAAAACAAAUCUGUUCAAAUAAAUUCACUCUUGGCAAAAAAGAAUGUCCACAUAUAUCACUCAACAACAUACCAAUCCCUAUUCACAAUGUGACCAAAUACCUAGGGGUUCACCUGGACAAAUGAUUUACUUGGGCCCAACACACAAAACAUAAAAGAAAACAAUUAAACACAUGCCUACAUCUCCUCUAUUCAUUAUUUUCUCCUUCAAUAAGCUUUAAAAACAAAAUAUUAAUUUAUAAUUACUCCCUUUGGUCUUAUGGCAUCCAAAUUUGGGGCCAAAUCAAACCAUCUAAUAUAAGACCCAUAUAAGCCUUCCAGUCUAUAUGUCUCAGAGAAAUAACCGAAGCCUUUUGGUACAUGACCAACAAUGCGCUAAAUAAGGACAACAAAUCCCAACAGUAAUUGAAUUAGUAACCCGACACUACAAAAAAUUUCAUUCAAAACUCCACUCAAUCCAAAACCUUCUAAUUUCCUGUAUGUUCUCUAUCAUCAUUUCUUACAGCCCUCUAAGAAGAUUGAAAAGAAAAUGGCCAUGAGACGUCCUUACCUAAUAAUAUCUAUGUAAAUAAAAGGAAAAGAACAAAAAUCUGUUUCUUCAUUAAAAUGGUCGGUUUCCCCUAUCAAAUCAACUAGUCAUCGUGUUCUCAUCAUUAUUACCUUCAUAUUGUUUAUUUCUUAGAAAAAAUAAUGGUCCUCAUUGAACAGGUUCGUGUGGGGGCCCUUGAGUUUAUAAUUUAUAAUAAUAUAAUUUCAAUUUUUUUUUUACAAUUUUAAACUUAUUAGAUGAAACUAACUAAAUAUAACAUAUAAUGUAGGUAACAAUAAUUAAUAUAUGGAGACUUAAUGUAUAAUACAGUAUGAUAAAAUACCAAUGCAAUCAAAUAUUGAUUAUAUUUUGUUCAUAGUCACUGGUUUGGAGAAGAUGGUGAUCUGAUUAGACUACCUGAUCCUUUAGCUGAACCUUCAACCUAUAAAUUAUUAGACUCUUCUGAAAACAGUGGGUAUUUGGACAUUAAAUAUACUAGUGUAAGUAUAAUAUUAAUAUGAUUGUUUGCAAUUGUGUAUUUAUUUGGUAUUUUAUUUUUGUAUGACUUGUUAUUAGGCAACACCAUUUAAAAGUCCUUAUAGUUUCAAUAGCCUAUCACAGGAUUCCAAAGAAAUAAAAUUUCUUUUGGAAUUAGAAAUUUCAAAAAUUCAGUUUAGUCAUCAUGCUCUUUUUAGUCGACAACAUGUUCUCGAUAAGCAAUUGUUACAAUUAUAUCAUAAAUAUAAAUGCCGUCAAAAUAUUGCUAGAACAAAAAUGUUAUCUGGUAGAUUAGAAGCGUUGCGAAAUGCUAAGGAUACGUUGGUUAAGGUUAUGGCAGAAGAAAAUGAUAAAGACUUGCUAGAAAACCAUGAAAAUCGUUUACAGAGGUAAAUGGUUAUUAUUGGUUAAUAUAAAUUUAAAAUUUAAUUUUAUGAAAACAUUUUUUGUUUAAGAUAUAAAACAGAAAUAAAAGAAACUCGAGCUCAAAAAUUGUUAGAAGGUAAAGCAGAUCGCUCUCUAAUAUCCAAUAUUUUGGCAACCUGGAGAGAUUUGAAAAAAUUGAGAGAACGGCAAGAAUAUGUAAUUACAAAUACCAAGUUGGAAAUAAUUGUGGAUGACAAUGAUAAUACUGAAGAAUGGGAAUCUGAGUUUAACAAGUAAAUGCCAUAAAUAUUACAACAAUAUUAAUUUUAAUUGUGAGACAAUUUAGGUUAUUAGAAGAAACUCUAGAAGAAAUGAGCGAAAAAAAUGUUGAAAUAAAUGUUCCCGAUGUUCGAGAUCAAGUAUUCAGUAUUCUUUCAGAAUCACUAAGAUCACCAGGCGAACCCACUAUUGCAUUUGUUAUGUCUAAAAUUGAACCUACCUCUGAAGAUUGCAUAACUGCUAAAGAGUAAUUUAAUUAUAAUUGUAUAUUGAUCAUUAAAAAUAAAGAUUAUGUAAUAUUUCAUUUUUAGAGAACUUCAACGAAGGUUAGCACUGUUAAAAUAUUCCAUUUGGUUUGAUGUAAUAUUCAAUGGUCAUAUAGUAUGUGAAUCAACAUCUUUAUCAAUUGAUGAUAGUUUCUCAGUUGAUGUCAAUCAAAAAUUUGUAGUUGAAAUUCAUCAAUGGCCUGAUACAUUGUCAUUAAACAUACACUGUGAGAACUUGAAUUCCAAAAAUUUAUUCACAAAAAAUCCAAUAGCAGAACUUUAUAUACCUUUUCCUAUAAGGUAAUAUAGAAAAUUUUAUUUAACUUUUUCAAUUUUUUAAUUUGUUUUUUUAAUUUUAGCAACACUACAUUGAAUAUGGUAGACAUAGAAAACAUGGAGUUUAGUUGUUUUGGUAUUCAGAAUGUUCAAAAUGCCGGUGUUGGAAGUGGCGUAGACUUCAAGAUAUUUCCUGAGGAUACAGAAUCUCAUUGUUUAUACACAUCUGGUGAAGUGUUGUGUAAGGCUGGUUGGGGUAAAUUUGGUGAUCAAAUUUUAUGUCCGCCGGAAGAUUACUUCAACAGACUCCAUCCUUUAAAGUACUUGUUUCAUAAUACUUCCCUAUAUAAAACUCAUAUUUAUAUUGUGGUAUAAUUUAGUACCAACAAUGAAUUAGCAACUAAAACAGAAAAAUUGUUGCAUUGGAUGAAUGAUUUACACCCUGAUCCUAAUGAUCCAAACAAUAUAUCAUUUUUUGAAGCUUUAAAGGUACCCUAAGUUUGUUUCUGCAAUUAACAUAUAAACUAAUAAUUGGCUAUAAUUAAUGUAUAUUUUUUUUUAGAGUGUUGAUGAAAAUAUUGUUUGUAAUAAGAAAGUAAGUUUUAGUGUUAAUAUUUAUAAAAAUAUGCUAGAAUUUUGUUCGGAUGAAGAAUUGGAUGGGAAUCCACGGCUUAAAUUGUUAAAAUUACGAGACCGCGGAGAAAUAGAAUUUAGAAUGGCUAAAGCUGUUCCUUUAAAAGAAUGGCUUAUACCUAAAGAUAUUUUUAAUGUGAGUAUUAUAUAUAUAUAUAUAUAUUAACUUGAUAAUAUUUUCUAUGGUAAAAAAAAUUAUAAUUUAUAAAUUUCCUUAUUUUAUUUGUUUAGAAAACAUUUUAAAACUAUAUCAAAUGAAUUAUAAGUAACUAGUUCAUUUUUGUUAAGGAAUUUGAAAAUCGUUUAUCAACUUCUGAGCUUGCUUUGGAAGUUGCUGGUCUCGGGCCUUUGGAAACCAGUAGAAUCUGGGGACGUUAUUCAGUCAUCAGACUCUAUGACAAGAUCCUUAAACAGUGUAAACUAGGAAACAGAAAUAAAAUUACUAGAGAUAUUGUUGUGGAGGACACUGUACCAGACAUAGGGUAUGUAAAUAAGAAUAAUUCAUUUACAUGUAACAAUUCUGUUGUUCAUAAAACUCAAAAUUCAUUCAGUUAAACAUUUUUAUUUUGUUGUUAUUGUUUUUAGGACCUUGGGGUUGACAUUUAUGAAAAUGUUUCAACCAAAACGUCCACUACGUCCGAGGAGAAAAGAAAGAAAAAAGAUACCAGUUAAAAGUUUGUCGGGACAAGAAAUUAAAGUAAAUAGUAUUACAUCAUUUUUAAUAAAAUGCAAUAUUGUUUUAUUUUGUGUUUUUAUAUUAUUCAAGGUUGUUAUAAAUGUGAUGAGAGCUUUUGAGGUACCUGUGAGGAAAAACUUUGAUAUGAUGAUUGGUGACAUAGCCAUGAUCCCGGUUCAGCCAUUUAUUGAAAUAUCGUUCAAGGACCAAACUAGUAGAACAACCACUGCUGAAGGUUCUAAUCCGACUUGGAAUCAAGAUUUGAUGUUAACUGUGAUGUAAAUUAUCAAAUAUUUUAUUUAUUUAUUUUCAAAUACUUAUAGACUAUGUCUAUUGUUUCAAGGUCAAAUUCAGUUGAUUUUUGCCCUAACCAAGUUCAAUCUAUUGACGAUUGCAUACAUAUAAAUAUGUACGAUGAAAUAGUAGUCGAUAUAUUAGAAGAUAGUAGAACCCGAGAAACAAAUAUUCAUCAACGUUUAGAGAGAUAUUGGUUGGGUAGCUGUGUUAUACCAAUUUCAGCAUUAUUUAACAAUUCUCAAGUCAGUAAAUAAAUUCAAUGUGUAUUUAUUUUUUGAUAAAAUUGUUUUCUAAGAAUUUAUUAAAUCUUAAGAUGACGCUACAUCUGCAUUUACUGUUUCCGUAUUACAAAUAUACAAGAUAACUAAUUUUCAUUCAGUAAAAUAAAUUUUGUGCCAUUCAUUUUUAUCAAUAAAGUGAAUUGACCUAAACUUAAGGGCAACAAGAUUAUAUUGUGUGCUGGCAUUGAUGUUUUUUUUGAUAUUUUAACUUUUAAGCAAGAUAUGAGUACCAGGUGAUUAAUUUAAAUAGGUACACUCAUUAUCUCUGAAAGUAUUAAUAUUUUUUGGCAUUUGUUUUCUAGAACAUUUAAAAAACAUGCAGCUCUACAAUUUUAUUUUACAUUUGUGUUAUUUUUUUGUCUGCAUCAUUGUUAGGGGUAAAACCACUAGCUACUUUAGAUUUCAAAUAGUAAGCUAUACAAAAUCCAUAAAUAGAUGGAGUAUUAGUUUAAAUAAAUUUCAGUGUUGAAAAUUUUGAUUUCUGUUAAACCGUUGACGAGAUAUUCCACUUUAAGUUUGUGUUAAAGGAGUAGUGAUUCAUUAGUAACACACCUUACGCCGUAUCACCAUACAAAUGAUACUCUACUACUCUCCUCCAACCUAAACUUAAAAGUGGAAUAUCUCGUCAAUGGAUUGACAGAAAUCAAAAAUGUCAACACUACAAUUUAUUUUAACUAAUAUUCCAUAUAUUUAUGAAAUUUAAUAUAGGUUGCCAUUUGAAAUAUUAAAAGUAGGUUUUGGUUUUACCCCAAAAACUAACAAAAACAAUUACAUAAAUACAAGAUAGUAGAGCACUUUUUUUCUUAAACGUUUUUUAAAAAAAAAUUCCGGAAAAAGUUAAUACUUUCCAGGGUAAUGAGUGUACUCACUGGCUCACUUGUGCACAGCCAUGUACUAAUUUCAUUUAUUUAUUUUGAUUUUAGUUUAAUUUAGGAUAAGAUGUAAAUUUAAUUUUUAUGUUUGUAUUUUUUUUUUUUAAGGGGAAUUUUAAAUAAGCAGAUGAUAUUUAAAAAUUCAUCUUUAAAAAUAGUUUUGGGGCUUUUUGUCAACAUGUUCUACAUGAUGUUAAAGAACAUCAAAAAAAAAUGUAAAAUCUAUUUAGUUUAAUCCUUUAGUUUUAAAGGUCUAUUAAGUAUCAUAUAAAAAAUAUUUGUACAUACCUUUAUCAGAUGGUAAUAGUCUUAAAAACAUAAUAAAAUUGAUUUUUAAUUUGCUUGGAUGCUUUUAAAUAUUAUGUAAACAAAUUGAUAACGUAUACUAAUAUUAUAUUUUAAAAAUUUAAUUUUAAACACCACACAUACAUUUAAAAUACUAAAAAAUAAUUACAAUGUCUAUACAAAAUUCCUUAAAUAUUGGGUGUGUGACAUCAUUUUUAGUCCUCUUUUUAUAAUUUAGUUAGUCAGCAUUACAAAUAUUCAUAUUUUGUUACACAAAAAUAAGAUUUACUAUGUUCAUUUCACUAGGUAUAUGAAUAUUUAUAUGAAUAUAAAUAUUAUAAUACAUACACUUUUCACAUUCAAUUUUAUUUUAUUACCUUUUUUUAAAAACAAAUUUUCAGAUUGAAGGCAUGUUUCAAUUAAACACACCUAGACACCUUUUAGGAUAUGAACGACUUGUGUCAAAUAGUGAAAGUUCACAUUACAGAAACUCAACUUUUCUGAGCUUAUUCAUUAUGGCACAACCACCACUGCACCCCCCUGAACCAAUUAAGGUAAGAGAAAUUGUGUAAGAACAAAUGAUUUAUCUUUAUUUUAAAACGUAAAAUUGUUACUAUAAUAUUAUAUUGGAUCAAUAACAUUAAUACAUUUUUUUUUUAGAAUCAAAGUUAAUUUCUUUAAAUUUAAAGAUUAAUACUGAUUAAUACAAAGAUUAAUAAAAGAUUAAUACAAAUUAAUACCGUUAAGUAUUUGGAAAAUAUUUUUUUGGAUACGUAUUAUUUUAUCAUAAUUUUGUUUUGUAUAUUACUUGAUUAUUACAAACUUUAAAUGGAAAAAAAUAAACUAUCUCUAACAAUAUUUCCGUUUAUAUUGCUCAUGCAUUAAUAUAUAACAAAUGAGAAUAUAUUCAAAUAUAUUUUUGAAUAAUAUUUAUUAUUUUUAAAAAAUAUGAAAAAUAAAAACAAUAUAGUCAAUAUAGUUCAAAAUCAUUUAUUAUUAUUAUUUUUCAAAAAAUUUAAUCAAACAAAACUUGAAUUUUUUUGUACAAAUGUAUAUUUUAUACAUUAUAACUGGUUACUUUAACAAAAGCAUUGUAAUUUUCUAUAUUAAAAAUGUAAAACUACAGAUAUAAAACUUCUACGGUUUAAAUUUUGUACCGUAUAUGGUUAUUAGGAAAUUAAAAUUUUAAAUUUUAAAAAAAAAAAAAACAUUAAUCAGCGCACAGUGGUCCGAGAAUGUAAUGUAUGUGGCAAAAAUAGGUCAUUAAAAAUAUUUAAAAAUUUCAUUUUUUUUUUUUUUCUAGGAUCUCAUUAGUAGAUGAUUAUGAGUGUAAAUACAACAUUUCUGUUUCAUUAAAUUAAUUCAUUUUCUAAAAUAAAUAUAAGUAUUUAAAACAAAACCAAUAUUUCAUAAAAUAUCUGUUUAAUUUUAAAAUUUAAAAUUUAAAAAAAAUAAAAAUAAUAUAUUCUUAUAGUUGAGAACUUCCUAAAAAAAUGCAUAUAUUGGGUAUAGGGUAAACUUGAGUAAAUAUUUACUGCAGUCUAUGAAAAAAAAAAAACAUUUGAUUUUUUUAUGACUCAUAACAGUUAAUGACUUACAUUUAAAAAAAAAAAAAAUAAUUUUUUUCAUUAUCUUAAUAUGUGAUUUAACAAUUAGGUAAUUCAUUUUAUAUAUUUAAAAUAACCAAAGAUAUUAACGAUCUAUCGGCAUUUUUAUUUUCAAAAUAACAGAAAAUGAUAAAAUUUGUCUAGUUUACUUAGCUAUAACUCCAGUUUAAAAAAAUGUUAUGAAACCGAAAUUUUGUGUUUACACUGGUAAUCAUCUACUUAUGAAUAAAAAAUUAAUAUUUUGUACAUUUUUAAUGGCCUAUGUUUGCCACCUAAAUUUCAUUCUCAGACUGUGUUAUAUACAUUGUGCAGUGUAAUAAUACACGAGUAUAUUAUCUCUAACUGGUGUUCAGAACAAUUACUCAGCCAAAACAAAAACAAAAAAAAAAAAAAAAAAUGUUUUAUGUAAUUAUCGAAUAUUAAUUUUUUUUCUCUGUGUACACAUAGUGGUUGAACCUCCUACAUCUCAAAUUAUGUUAAUUAAGCAAAAUUUAAUAAUAAUUACAAAACUGUUUAUAAAUGAAAUCGUUGAUAUUUGGCAUCAGGUAUAUAUUUUUUGUUAAAAAAAAAAAAAAAAAACAUUUCACCGAUCAAAGUCAAAUAAUCAUUAAUAUAAUUGAUUAAAUUAUUUUCAAAUUCCAAAUAUAACUGUCCAGAUAAAAAUAUUCGUCUAAUUAUAUAACAACUCAAAAUACUUGACAAAAUUGAAUUGCUUUUAUUUAAAAAAUAAAACGUACCCUUAAUAAUUAUUCAAAGUGUAUACAUUCAUUUUGUCCGCCUAAUACUGGUGUACUUAACCGAAAUAAAAAAGUACAAAGAAAAUUACGCCAUUAAAUGAUAUUAAAGUCGUUCAAGUGAUUGUGAUGGUUCAAUUUAACCGAUACAAAUAAUCGACUGGCUACGUCACUGAAUCAUUGUAGUGAUAGUUUUGAAAAGGUUUUUUUUUUUUCUUUUGUCUGUAAUUUCAGGAACGUUUGGAUUGUAGCGAAUCGUUUAAUUUCGAACGGUAUUUGGAAUAUUGGUCCGCAGAGGGGGCGAAACAAUUUCCCCACAGGCCCGUCAAAACUCUGGUGAUACACUGUAGCGGCAAAACGGUGUGCGUGACGAGAUUCUUCAGGCCUUUGCCGCUGCCGAGUACGCGCUAGUAACUCAUCACUUUUCCGAACCGUUUAGCGCAACGUAAUAUUGUGUUUUUUUUUUUUUUUCGUACGCAGCGAUUGCCGAGGAAGUGACCAACACCACCGCCGAAAUGGUCGCCAGGUUCGUGUCGCUGAUACCGGUGGUCAACAGCAACGUGUUGCUGGUCGGCCGUUUCGACGUCUGGUUGACCGGAGACGUGAGUUGUGUGUAAUAUCAUCGGCGCUUCGCGGACUGCGUCGAGAAAUCCGGAAUUGACGCGUGUUCGGCGACCGGCAUUCGUUCCCCGUUUUCCCUACAUCCGCGCGUUAACCGGUCUCGGACGGGAUUAAUAACGGGCGACACAGCGCGAUAAUUAUUAAUGGGGUGAGGACAUUAUUUUUUUCGGCUUUUUUACGCGUCCCUCAAAAAAAAAAAAAAUAAAUAAAUAUCGCCGAUUGCAAACGCGCAGCAAACGCCGGAUUUCUCGCCGCGGUGAGCCGGGCAAUAACAGCCGGCGAGUAUCGUAACUGAUCACUGUGCGGACCGUUUCAGCAACUGUUGGGCCUGCUGUUCGGCGGCGGUUCGGGCGUCGACCAUGGCAUCCUACUCUGCUGUUACUUCAUGAAGCUGAACGUCCGUGCGUGGCUAUUGCUGGGCACGGGCGUGUCUCGGGGCGACGCCGCGUACGUGUUGACCUCGCGCAGCCGGGUUCCCGACCGUCCGUCCGCGGCCGUGCAGUACGACGUGUGGGACCCGCUCACCGGGCUCAAGUACUCGACUUGCGACAGUUUUUCGCCCAUCCAAGAAGUGUACUGUUUGAUAAACGCCGAUAACGUAAAUACGAUCGCGUUCCGUAUGCAAUAUUAAUAUUAUAACAGGGUGCGGAUUUAAACGCUCUGAAAGAACAAGACGAACGCCUUAAAAAAAAAAAAAAAAAUACAAUUCAAUACACUUUAAUGAAAAUAAAAUAAAGGGGAAAAAAUGCUCUGAAAGCUAAUUUAAACGUUGAUAAAAAGUGUGUUUUUAUUGGGAACAUAAAUCUACUAUAUACGCGUUACACUGCAAAUACUGCAGUACGACUAUACAUUACGGCUCGCCGCUAAAUACGAGCAUAUCGUUUUCUUUAUUGCAGCAGCCGGCAUUGUAUCGUAUUUAUUAUCUACUAAAAUCGGUAAAUCUAUAAUGUAUUUAAAAAAUAGAAAUACGAAUAUUUUUUUUCUUUUAGGACGAAAAUGAAAUAAAUUUUAUCAAAUUUUCUAAAAACACCAUGAAUUUUGUAAAAAUAAAAAUAAAAUGCAUUUAAAAUGUCAAAAUAUGCUCUAAAAACAAGAAUGCAAACAAAUAUCAAAUAUUUGUUUCAUAUUUUAAUUAUUCGAUACAUGAAACAAAUUUUGUAAAGACAUUCAGAAAAAUAUGCAUUCCGCACUCUAGUUAUAACCUAACAUAUAAGUUUCGGAAAAAUCGUGUUUUAUAACAAUAAUAAAAUCCCGCGUUAAUUUUCGCGUUUACAUAUUAAAAUUAUUAAUAAUAUUAGAAUUUAGAAGGGUCAAGUUAAGCAAUUAAUCGGUUUACAACCAAUGUCUUAAUCCCCUCCGAAAUGUCUUCCUUCGCCACAUUUUUUUAAAUCGAAUUUUAUAUUUUUUUACAAUAUUAUAUUGUAUACCACAGAGUAAAAUAAUAUUUAAUUUCAAUUUAAUUUAUUCAGUAAUAAUAGUGAUAAUACUGUACUGAUAAUAUGUGAUAAUAUACGAAAACUUGCUCACAGAUACAAAAAUAACUCACAUUUAGUGAAAUCAAUGGAUCCCUCUCGCUACGCUCCGAAUCUAAUAAAUGACUAUACAUAAACCAUUACUGAGAAAAACGAUUCUGAUCGGAGUUCAGAUAUACACGUUUUGAAUUUUCAUAAUUUUUUGUCCAAAUUUUGUAAAUCAUAUAUAUAUACAAAAAAAAAAAAAGAAAUAUUACAUAACAUUCAACUUUUUUCAUUCACUACAUAGCACUUAUAAUAAACCUCGUGUUAAAUUUUCCAGGAUUUCUGUUCGGUCAAACAAUUUUAUCCACAUAGUAUGUACCUACCAAAUAAUAACUAAAACAAAUUUCUAUAAAUAGCUCAGGAACCGCCAAAAUGUUUUCGCGUAGAGUAGAAAAUGCCUAUACAUAUGUAUUCUGCGAACAUUUCAACUCUUCACGAUAAUUUUUAACCGAUUCACAUUAAAAAUAAAACCAAAAUCGAAAAUAACGAAACGUAUAUCCUACGUUUUUUCCGGUUUUUCCGAAUUGUUAUGAAAACCGGUUAGAAAAUCGAAAAUUUACUUCUUUGACGCACCGACCAUGUCAAAAACGCCGAACCAAAGUCCCUUUGUUGUCAACACGAAAUAAAUAUAUAAUUUUAAUGCGUUUCUCGAAGUACUCAGAAUCUAAUAAAAAAAAAAAAAAAAAAAUAAUAAUAAUAACAAACGCUCACGCCGUGUCAUUGAGAAAUAUUAAUAUUUUCGGUACGCAUUAUUACAGAUCUGGCUGAACGUACAGUAUGAGAAGUCGGUGACCAGGACCCGGUGGGACGUGACGCAGACCCGGGACUGGUGUCCGGCUUUCGGCCGGUACCAGGCGGCGCCCACGGUGCUGGGUUCCGUGCAGCCGGACACUGUGGACUACACGCCGCCCGCCAUCGCCGACGCCCGUCUCCUGCAGGAAAAACUGGAGCAGACGUUGCGGAACGCAGUGAUGAAGUGCCGGGUUAAGUCGAAGACCGUCUGGAACAGGUACUGCGUGUCGGUGCUCCGCAAAAUCUUACCGCAUCUGGAGAGGGAGACGUGGAACAACGGUUCCGUGGAAAACGGUCACCUGGCCGAGUUGCAACACUUGCUCGUGUCCCACAAGGUGAGCGCGACACCGCAUUUGAGUUGGCCAGAAUCAAACGUCACGAUUUUCACGAAAACGGGAUAAUGAUAGCAGUUAGCGGCACUGUUUCGAAGGGGUUUUGAAGGCGGACAAACAGGUUUCAUUGUAUAUGUAUGGUGUGGAUUUUUCGAUACUGAACCCUAUUAUUCGGUGUCGGCCUGGCCAAUAGGCGUAUUUGCGUCUGGCGGGGUGAGGGGGGCCUCUCAAUGCCCGAGAUUUAUAAAAUAUCGCCGUUUAACUGUAACUACUGAAUGAUUUUUACGCAGAGAUGAAUUAUACACAGUAUUGUUUAGACUUGAGUCGAUUAUUGCAAACCGCGGUAAAAUAACAAAAAAAAAAAAAAAAAAAACAAAUUUUAUUACGAAUAAUUGCGCGAGCUAGUAUAUUCAUACACCAAUGAAAACCUAAAAUAAUUUCUCGGAAAAUUACUUUUGUAAUUAUAGCAUAUUAUAUAAGAGCGAAGAAACUGAUAGUUUUACAAAGAGGUUUAUUUUUAUUUAUUUUUUAUAAUUUUUAUCUGUGCGCAACUUUUCCACCAAAAGACUUGCUCGGACUUCUACGUGUAGCACUUUUUCUGAAAGAAAAUCGGCACGGAGGGAUACUUUAGAGAGGUCAUUUUUCGAUUUCCUCAAGAGUUUUCUCAUCAAAUUUAAAAAAAAAAAUGGAAAGAAAAAAAAACGGAAAAAUAUACCUCGCCAGUGAAAUUUCCCUUUAGAUACGUUGCUAUUGUUAAAAGUCGGAGCACGAGUGCUGGUAGAAAAGUUAUGCACAAAUAAUAAUAAUAAUAAAAAAAAAUAAACAUCUUUGUAAAACUACAAGUUUUUUUGCUCCACUCAGAAUCUAAAAAACCCAUUUUCUAAUGUAAACCUAAAAUGCUAACAGAAACCUUUCGCGCAGUGGCGCCCAAACUAUAUAUCGAGUGUAACAGUUACUCCACACCAUAUUUUGGGUGGGUGGGUAUUUCCGGUAAUUGGGAUUUGGGAUAGCCGGGUAGAAUGGAUAUUAACAUUCAAAAGUUUUACGUUUUAGCGUUGGAAAGUAUACUAUAUUUAUAUGGGUAAAAGUUGUUGACGUGGGUGGGUCGUAGUUUUGACUUUUAAAUUCUGUUAUAGCAUAAAAAUAUAAUUUGGGCACCACUGUUUUCGCGUGGUUUUUCGAUUGGAACAAGUCUUUCUGUCUGAACCACGUGUUACUAUUGUCAAUCAAGGAAAGAAAAAUCGUGCUGUUUGAAUCUGGGCAACCGCUUGUAUAAAAUUGCCACACCGUAAUCCGUCUCGUUGUAUUAUUAUUAAAAUUCCAACAGAUGUGCGGGUUCCCUAUAAACAGACCGUACAGCAACACCGAAGUCCUGGUGGACGCGAUAAAAUCUACUGGCAUGCAUCUGAACGAAAACCCGAUGGUGGAAUUCGCUCUGGCCGUCUACGUGCACCCGUACCCGAAUCAAGUGCUGUCCGUCUGGAUAUACUUGGCGUCUUUGCAGCCCAGACGUUAA